AUGCUGCCCAUCCGUCCUGGGCUGUCUAGGCAGCUCUCGGCCGCGGUCAUGCAGGUUCCAAUGAUCAGCAGUCCGCUCAAGCAAACGAACGAGAUCGACUGGAUAGAGCCUCUCAAACAACAUAUUCGCUCCGCCUACGGCGACAACCCGGAGAACUACAAUGAAGAGUGCGGAGCGUUGAAUCGUCUGCGGCAGGACAUGCGAGGUGCAGGGAAGGAUUCGGCCGCUGGAAGAGAUCUGCUGUAUCGAUACUAUGGACAAUUGGAGUUGUUGGAUCUCAGGUUCCCGGUGGACGAGAACCACAUCAAGAUCAGCUUCACAUGGUUCGAUGCCUUUACGCAUAAGCCCACAAGCCAGUACUCGCUGGCCUACGAGAAGGCCAGCAUCAUAUUCAACAUCUCGGCCGUGCUAUCUUGUCAUGCUGCCAACCAGAAUCGCCAUGAGGAUACCGGAUUGAAGACGGCCUACCAUUCGUUCCAGGCUUCCGCUGGCAUGUUCACAUACAUCAACGAGAACUUCCUACAUGCACCCUCGACGGAUCUCAGCCGCGAAACAGUCAAAACGUUGAUCAGUAUCAUGCUGGCGCAAGGGCAGGAAGUGUUCAUUGAGAAGCAGGUCGUGGACCAGAAGAAACCGGGUCUGAUCGCAAAGCUGGCUGCUCAAGCCGCAUACCUCUACGCUCAAGCAGUGGAGGGCGUGCAAGAUAACGUCUCGCGGGCAAUAUUCGAGCGUGUGUGGUUAUUGGUCACGCAGAUCAAACAGCAUCACACUGCGAGCGUGGCACAAUACUAUCAGGCCGUGGCGGACUAUGAGGCGAACAAGUAUGGAGAGGCAAUUGGACGUUUGAAUGCAGCACAGGCAGCGAGUAAAGAAGCUAGCCGGCUAGCGAACGCGUUCCCUGGAAGUGUGCCUUCGAACAGCAACUUGUCAUCCGAGACGGGAUCAGUACUGGUUGACAUGACGAAGAAGCAAAGUGCGUCGAUCGCGGAGCUGUUGGCAGAGUACAAUCGGGACAACGACAUGAUCUACCAUCAACUCGUGCCGUCGGAGGCGAACUUGACGAGCAUACCAAAGCUUCCGGCCGCAAAGGCGAUCCCCGUGAGUGAGCUUUACCAAGGACAGGAUAUCCAGCGCAUAAUAGGCCCGGAUAUCUUCCAACGCAUUGUUCCCAUGUCCGUCACCGAAAGCGCAAGUUUGUACGACGAGGAGAAAGCAAAGAUGAUUCGUGCGGAAGCUGAGAGGGUAGAGACCGCGGACGAUGAGCUUGCGACUUCUCUUGACUAUCUCAAGUUACCUGGCAGUCUCAACAUCCUCAAGGGCGCCGUCGACCAGGACUCGAUGAGCGUUGAUGAGGAGUUUCGCAAUUGGUGUUCCGAGCUCGCGGGCCAUUCGCCUUUCGGUCCUGUUUUCAAUCGAUUACGAGAUGACAAGCAGAACAUCAUGGCGACCCUCGACAACAGUAUGAAGCAGCUGGACAUGGAAGAGUCAGUAUGCGAGAAGAUGCGGAGCAAGUACGGCGCAGAGUGGACACAGCAACCUUCAAGCCGACUGACAUCAACACUUCGCACCGAUGCAAGGUCUUAUCGUUCGGCCGUGGAGGAGGCGUCAACAAGCGACGCACAGCUGUACAGCACGUUCCGCCAGCAUGAAUCAGAUCUGGAUGAGAUGCGGUCAGCGGGCGAGACGGACGAGGCGGAUGUGUUGUAUCAGCGAGCAAUGAUCAAGGUUGGAGCUGGCAAGCAGGGUGUUCGUAGCCCUGGACUUGGUGACGAGGGGAAUUUGCUUGACGAUGACUUCGCGGACGACUCAGGCCAGACGGUGGCGGAGCAGAUUGAGAGAGUGGAGUCGUUGAUGCAAAAGUUGCAGCUGGUCAAGCGGGAGCGAACGCAAGUGUUCAAGGACUUGAAGGAGAAGAUCCACGACGAUGAUAUCAGCAACGUCCUUAUCCUCAACAAGAAAGCCAUUACAAACCACGAGAACCAGCUGUUCAAGACAGAGCUGGAGAAGUUCCGCCCUCAUCAGAAUCGCAUCCUGCAAGCCAACCAUAAGCAAUCCUCCUUGAUGAAGGAGCUCACCCGCACAUACUCCGACCUACUGCAGGACAAGCGUGUGCGAGGCGAACAGAACAAGUAUGAAGCCUUCUCUCGCCAGCGCAACUCAGUUCUCUCGAAAUACCGCAAAGUCUACCAGGCAUACAAGGACCUCUCAGCCGGACUCAGUCGCGCCAAGCAGUUCUAUGAGGAGAUCAAGGACACCGUUGAAAGUUUGAAGAAGAACGUCGAAGCUUUCGUCGAAAACCGCAGAUCAGAAGGCGGUCAACUCCUCAGCGCCAUCGAAGCAGCAAAGGGCUCUGGUGCAGAUCGCGAGCAAGCACGGCUGAAAGAGCUGAUGGAAAGGAUGAGCGUUAGUCCUGCUUCAUCGCACUCACCAGGCGGUACUGCAGGUUUCGGCAGCCUCGCUCAAGAUCACCGCUCCUCGUCCACUGCACCGCCUCCACCACGCCCACCGCCACUGCAACAACAGCAAUACUCGCACUAUAACCAACAUCAACAAUCCUACAAUCCCGCAGCCAGUCCUCCAAUCACACCACGCUAUCAACCCAAUGGGUCAUCCAACGGUAUGGGCGGUGGAGGCAGUAUGCAGUCCCCAGCGCCAUAUCCUUCCUAUCAACAACCGCAACAUCAGCAGUCGCAGUCCCAACAACAACAGUACAACCCGAAUUCAUACCAAACCAUGUCUCCGCCCGCUCAUCAGCAGUACUUCAAUCCGCCUCCCGGGUCGACUUCAGCCGGUGGGUAUGGUCAGCCACAGCAGCAGCAAGGUCAGCAGCAACAGCAAUAUGGCGGACAAAUGCCAGGCCAAGGGUGGCAACCUCCGCCGCCACCACCUGCCCCUCGACACAGGCGGGCAAGUCGUCACCCGACGAGCAGCGCAGGUCCAGCUCCUGCAGGCCCGCCUCCCAGUUUGGGAGACGCGCCGGAGCUGGCUGCCCUGCCGUCGAGGCGCUUGGUGCCGCCAUGCUGUCGGAGAGGGCGGCGGCGAGGGCGGAGAGGUGGUGGUGUCGGUGGUGGUGGUGGCGAUCUCACCUCGUCGGAAGAGAGCGGCGGUGACGCGGCGGGAGGAGAGGAGACGCGGCGACAGGAGAGGAGCGCGACGCGAGGUUACUUAUCUCGAGCUAUCGCGUGUUAG